CUUGCGGAAGUGACGCAUUCCGAGUCCAGUGGGGGCGGUGGGAGCGAUGAGGGGACUGAGACGGUGGUAGUUGGUUGUGUGAAGAUGGAGUUUCCCGGAGGAAACGACAAUUACCUGACGAUCACAGGGCCCUCUCACCCCUUCCUGUCAGGGGCCGAGACAUUCCAUACACCAAGCUUGGGUGAUGAGGAAUUUGAAAUCCCACCUAUCUCCUUGGAUUCUGAUCCCUCACUUGCUGUCUCAGAUGUGGUUGGCCACUUUGAUGACCUGGCAGACCCUUCCUCCUCACAGGAUGGCAGUUUUUCAGCCCAAUAUGGGGUCCAGACAUUGGACAUGCCUGUGGGCAUGACCCAUGGCUUGAUGGAACAGGGCGGGGGGCUCCUGAGUGGGGGCUUGACCAUGGACUUGGACCAUUCUAUAGGAACUCAGUAUAGUGCCAACCCACCUGUUACAAUUGAUGUACCAAUGACAGACAUGACAUCUGGCUUGAUGGGGCAUAGCCAGUUGACCACCAUUGAUCAGUCAGAACUGAGUUCUCAACUUGGUUUGAGCUUAGGGGGCGGCACCAUCUUGCCACCUGCCCAGUCACCUGAGGAUCGUCUUUCAACCACCCCUUCACCUACUAGUUCACUUCAUGAGGAUGGUGUUGAAGACUUCCGGAGGCAACUUCCCACCCAGAAGACAGUGGUGGUGGAAUCUGGGAAAAAGCAGAAGGCCCCAAAGAAGAAAAAAAAGAAAGAUCCUAAUGAACCUCAGAAACCAGUUUCAGCAUAUGCUUUAUUCUUUCGUGAUACACAGGCUGCCAUUAAGGGACAGAAUCCUAAUGCCACCUUUGGUGAGGUCUCAAAGAUUGUGGCUUCCAUGUGGGAUAGUCUUGGAGAGGAACAGAAACAGGUGUAUAAGAGGAAAACCGAAGCUGCCAAGAAAGAGUAUCUCAAGGCUCUGGCUGCUUAUAAAGACAACCAAGAAUGUCAGGCCACUGUAGAAACAGUGGAAUUAGAUCCAGUACCACCAUCCCAGACUCCUUCACCACCUCCUGUGGCUACUGUUGACCCUGCAUCUCCAGCACCAGCCUCAACAGAAUCCCCUGCCCUGUCUCCUUGCAUUGUUGUUAAUUCCACUCUUUCAUCAUAUGUGGCAAACCAAGCAUCUUCUGGGGCUGGGGGUCAGCCCAAUAUCACCAAGUUAAUUAUUACCAAGCAGAUGUUGCCCUCUUCCAUUACCAUGUCUCAAGGAGGGAUGGUUACUGUUAUCCCAGCCACAGUGGUGACCUCUCGGGGGCUCCAGCUAGGCCAAACAAGUACAGCUACCAUCCAGCCCAGCCAGCAAGCCCAGAUUGUCACUCGGUCAGUGCUGCAGGCAGCAGCAGCUGCUGCUGCUUCUAUGCAACUGCCUCCACCCCGACUACAGCCCCCUCCAUUACAACAGAUGCCUCAGCCCCCGACUCAACAGCAAGUCACCAUUCUGCAGCAACCUCCUCCACUUCAGGCCAUGCAACAGCCUCCACCUCAGAAAGUUCGAAUCAACUUACAACAACAGCCACCUCCUCUGCAGAGCAAGAUUGUGCCUCCACCCACUCUGAAAAUACAGACUACUUUGGUCCCUCCAGCUGUAGAAAGCAGUCCUGAGCGGCCUAUGAACAGUAGCCCUGAAGCCCAUACGGUAGAGGAAACCUCGCCUGAGACAAUCUGUGAAAUGAUCACAGAUGUAGUUCCUGAAGUUGAGUCUCCUUCUCAGAUGGAUGUUGAACUGGUGAGCGCGUCUCCUGUGACACUGUCACCCCAGCCUCGAUGUGUAAGGUCUGGUUGUGAGAACCCUCCCGUUGUAAGUAAGGACUGGGACAAUGAAUACUGCAGCAAUGAGUGUGUGGUGAAGCAUUGCAGGGAUGUAUUCUUGGCCUGGGUAGCCUCUAGAAAUCCAAGCACAGUGGUGUUUGUGAAAUAGUCUUUCCCAUUCUCCAAGCCAGUGAAGAGUUACCUGCUGGAAACAAGUUCAAGAGCCUGUUUUGAAGCACAAGCUGGGCUUCUGGUAGUGCCUGAUCUCAACCUGCAAUGGUCUUUUCCCCCCUUUCCUGCUUUCAGCAGUGGCCAGGCUAUAGGGCAGGGUCAUUCAGUUCGCUAUAGUCUGAAAUUGCUUUAUACUUUUCAGCUGCAAGCAGAAAUACUAGGAUAAAAGCAGAGGAAAGAGCAAAAGGAGCACGGACAAACAAAUCAUAGGGACUGGGGUGGUGGUGGAGGUUGUUUGAGGAAACUUGGUGUAACUGUCAUAGGUCUUGCCAAAAGUAUUAUUAAAAUGAUGGGCGAGUACUCAGCUUUGA